GAUAUUAAGGAAUAACAGAAUAUUUGACGUCGAUUUAAUUAAGUAGCUAAGACCGAUUUGCAAGAACGGAAACAUGGAAAAGUGUCUGCGAAAAUGUCACAGUAGUUUCGUCAUUAAAAAAACUGUGCACCGACUGCGAGAAGUGGGAAACUCGUUAAGAAGUUGGGAAAAAGAAGGUCUCGCCGCAGUCGGCAGUAUUCUAAGACAGAAUUAUUUGAAUAAUCGGAUCCUGCCUUUGUAUUUCGCAUCCGAUGCCGGCAACGAGACGAGCGAGUCUAGUGCUUCCGCAGGAGAUUUAACCACAUUCAAACGACCAAAAGAAUUUCCAACUGUCACAAACUGAAAUACCUCCAUGUAUAUUCUUUACACGCGCCCUUGUAGACGGCGACAUACAUACAUGUACAUACAUACAUGUGCAGCGUAUGAGGAAUCAUUUCUCUUUUUUCUCUGUUUUCUCUGAGCUGUGACUUCCGUAAACGAAUCUGAAGCUAAUUUUAUCUAUGUAUAUUUGCUUCAAAGCCAUUAUGUUACUUAAAAUUUUACUUAAAAUUAAUCCAAAAAAAUAGCACACAUAUUGUGAAUAUAUUUAAGCUUUCAAAAUUUAAUUUGCCAAAUUUAACGUUUUCUCAAAUCUUUCCCCAAAUGAUUUGAAAGUUCUUCAUAAUUAUAAACACGGUUUAUUUCUCUCGCAUAGACAUAAACUAUGUUAUUACUGAUUUUUAAUGUAAGUUUUAUAUUAAACAAUUUAUCUAUCUAUUUAUCUAUCUACAUAUGUAUACCUUUAUAUUUUAUACAUGUAAAAAUAGGAAGUUAUAUACAUCUGACAGUUUUGUACAUUUUAAGUCGUCACAAGAGAUUCUCUCUAUACUUCAAUUCUACGGAACGUCGAUAUAUGGUUUUGAUGCGGUAGUCUCUCCAGGGAAAUCAAAAAACUUAUAAAACUUUAAAGAAUUUAAAAUCGAUUAAGAUUUUACGUUGACCGCGCGGUGGUGAUACAUCCGGUUAUAAAAUUUCUAUCGGAAAAAAGAGAAAAAGGAUAUUGUACAUCUAAAUAGCAAUACAAAAAUAAUAUAUAGAAGAGAUACUCAAAUGUCAUGAACAUUCUUCACAUUGCUUAUAUAAAUAGAUUUAAAUGAUUUGAGCAAAUUGCAACUCAAAUAUUUGAGUUACUAAUAUUGUCUGUGCAUAACCAUAUACUACCACAGAUAGAUAUACAAUUAUGCAAAUAUAUCUUAUACCUGUUAUUAAUGGCAAAUAUAUGCAACUGCAGAAUGGUCCAAUUAAAAUCGAGUAAAAUUUAUGGAUAAAUCUGCGUAUUUAAAACUCAAUUUGUCCGGUAUUAUUGUGAGUCAACGGUACUCUGCAGGUCCCGACAAGCAUAAUUCGAAAGUAUAUUCUCGAGAUAUUCCACGCAGUUCGGCGAAGUUUCCGCGAGCGCUUAACGCAGUUUAUAAAGUUGCUCUGGCGUUCAGCGGCUCUCGGGUGACGAUUAAUCGCGAAAAUCUUUCUUAAAUUGAAAAAGCGCAUUCCCCAAAAAGUUUCAAAAUCAAUUGAAACUUUUUGUUAAUCGGACGAAAUUACAGUGGCAGAUAGGUCCUGGAGAAGGUCUUACCCAGUCCAAGAUUCCAUCGGAAACUUCUACUACAAGUCAAUGUAAACUCCGUUCUCUUCUGCUUGCGGUUUCGAUCGUAAUGUCAAAUUUUGAAUCUCCACUCUGACUCUGGAGUAGGAUAAACUCGGCAUACUGGUACUAUUGAUUUUGUGAGGGGCACGGAGGGAGGUCACAUGGAGGAAGAGAGAGAAACCGAGAAAUAGAGAGAAAAAGAGUGAGAGAGAGGAAAAAUAUAGAGAAUGUGUAUAAACGAGAAAAUGUGAGUUAAAGAAAGUCGAGGGUAGGUGAAGUAACUUCUUAUUCAGGUUGGUUUUCGCCUGAUGGAUAAAGGUUGGAAUAUAUAGAGGCCUUUUGCAGAUUUAUUCAGAGUUAUCCUUGGACGCUGCCCUGCACUGUCGUAACCACGGUAAAAAUCGACGUGCACUUUAGGCUGAAAAGGCUGAUAUAUCACACGAUGCUCGCUUGAUUCAAUAAAGACAAGUAGUUUCUAGCAAUGGGCAAAGGUCGCCGUUGGUUCGAUAUUUCAGAUCUCUUGAUGCCUCACCGGAUAUCGAAAAUUUCGUAUCGUUAUAUUGGAACAAGCUACUGUAAAAUCCAUACAUGAGAGAAACACUGAAAAUAUUUUAUUACAUAUGAAUAAUUUCCGUUUCGCAAUUUUGAUGUUUCAAUAUCCGUCAAGCGUGGCAAAGCAUGGAUCUUAUUAAUGAAGACGCCGAGUCAAGUUAAGCAACCGUAAUUAGUAACUCAAUGCUCGAGAUAGCUAAUAGAUAUGCAGAUACGUUCAUAUCAAGGACCGAGAUUUACGACAGGACGAUAUCGAAAGCUGUAAUCGCAUACUAUGACAAAUCUCAUGAAUGAUUUGCGGCAAUCUGCCGACAGAAUCUGCUUCGCGUUGGAACCAGUCCAAAAUUGAUGGUGCGUUUUCCAUGAAAAUGUAACUCGUGCGUUCGCGCAACCAACGAUGAGUGCUAGACGUAUCUCAUACAUCAGACCGCGAGACAUGAUUUAAUGAUCGCGAAGAUAAUGUACGCGCGCGACGACGCCAGUGUGGAUAAUUGGCCAGAUAAGUCCGUUAGAAAUUGCACUAAAUUCUUUAGCAUGAUUAAUGAAUAUAUCCUGAUCUCCAAACAAAAAGAAGUAACCACGGAGAUGGGAAGAGCAUUCUGCAAUCACUUCGUGUAAAACUGUUAAUCACAAAAUUAAAUUUUCCAAAACCAAAACAAUCCAGGAAAAUGUAAAGAUGUACAUAAAUUCUAGCAAUUGUGCAGUUACAUUCCCCAUCAUAUUGACAGGCCGAUGUUCAGAAAAUUAAUAAUGAAAUAAAUUAACCUACAUUUCGAUAGACAGAUUAAAUUCGCUGUACGCAAACUUCGAAAAAAUACUGCUAAAUCCUUAAGGCAUUCCAAAAGUGAAAUAUGAAAACCGACAAAGCCUCUACUAAAAAUCUGUUAGAAACUAACAUCGACCAAAACAAUGCAAUGGAAACGAAACGUAAAUCUGACGAGACAAAGAUUUUUACAAUAAAGUCCAUACCAGAAAAAGAAGAGAGCUUUACGAUGAAGGGAAUAAAUUCUUCUGGAGAAGAACGCAAGAUUUCAAGGAAAGAAAAUAAUGAAAUAUUAAAGAGGACGACUGAAUCAAAAUCUUAUUCUAAGGAAAUCAAUGACAGCAAGAAAGGAAAUAAAUCUGUUCGAGAGUGUAAAGAAGGCACGUUCGCGAAAAUAAACUCUGUCGAUCAGCUUGACAAGACGCGUUCGAUUCGAGGUGAACUUCCGUCCGGCGGAUCGAAGUGUAACGCUAAAGAUCGGGAAAAGACUAAAAUCGGUGACGUGACGGUGACUGAUGGACGCCGUCAACGGCGUCCUCUCCGCGACAUAAUCGGCAAACGGGAGCAGCGCAGAAAGGAAUUGGAGAAGGUAGAAGGUAAUCUGCGACAACGGCUGGACAUGCUUGAGUGCUCGAUGCCGGCGGUGAUGGUGUGGAAUAUCUGGCGGAUGGCGCAAGGUGCGCCCGUCUGUAGAAUAAAACACAUCCUGGAGAAGCAAUUUGAAGACACGAGAGAGCUCUCCUGCCGCAGCACGCCGAGUCGCCAUUACGAUUGUAGGGUGCGGGAGAUCGAGGCCGAGAGGAAACUGGCGUUAAAGAAGGUGGAGGAAGCGCGAAAUCUCUGGUCGGAGAAGCUCACCACGCUCGAGGAGCGAAAAAGAAAGCUCGAGGAAGUCAGGAGGAUUCAGGAGGAGCAAAAGUGCGCGAUGGAACGUUUGAACGAGGAAACCAGGAUUCUACGAGAAACGACUGAGAAACCGGAGAUGGACGAAUCGUGCCGUUACGGCGAGUGCGGUGAUACGCAAUGCAAACAGAGAUGGCUCGACAAAGUGCCCAGCGUGACGUCCAUCAAAUCCGGAGACAUUCAGUGCCUGGAAAAGCUGCAGCGACUAGCGGAAGAGGAGAUAACAAUGAAAAGGGACAUCGCCGAGUUGGAACGACGUGAGGAAGCUUACAUGAGAACACUUCAACAGGCCGACGAGCUCUGGUCGAAGAUGGAGAGCGACACGAUGAACGCGACGAGGGCGCUGCAAGAGCAAUUGGAAAUGAAAACUGCGGCGAAUCAGCAAUUGGCAGAACGCGUGUGCGAGUUGGAAGACGCGUUGGAGAAGUGUCGGACUCGGAUGGCCGCAUGCCGGGCGGAGUUGGAGAAGUUCUUGAGUAUCGAGAAAGUCGAGGCCAUGAUAGGCCGUGACGACGACGUCGCGAAGGUGACAGAUAAGGAAGUUAUCGCGAGGGUUAAAGUUGUGCAUCGUCCGAUAGGCAAAGUGGACGAUGUUGCUACGGUGGAAAACAUGGAAGUUCAAGUGAAAGUCGAAGUUGCGGACGAGGAGACGUUGACAAAGGUCGAAGUUGCAGACGAAGAAGCGUUAGCGAGAAUCGCUUUGAUCGACGCCGAUGUCGAAGCGGCUGUCAUCGGGGAUGAUAAAUACGUCUCGGCUAUACCUGAAGUGACUGAUAUCGGUAUCGAUCGCCCGGUGGAUCUCGUGCGAGUCGAAGAUGCAGAAGGCAUAGUUCAACCGGAAGAUUUUGCCUAUGAGGAGCAGAGAUUCAAAGAAGUUCGGGAAUACUUGGCCGAGUUAGACUCGUUAGAGGAUCUCUAUAAGGAUGACGGUGAACCGUGCGCGCCUGAUUUCGUAUGCAAUGACGUAGUAUCUUCGCCUACUGGUAUGACGGAUGAGGAAUUAACUUCGUUGGGAAUAGAACCGCCUGCACCAACGAAGGAACUUGAUAGAAAGUUGGUCGUAAGCGAACAGGAACGAGAGAAACCAUUUCAAAAAGAAUUAAAAGAAAAAACGGAUGACAUCGUCAAAGAUAUCGAAAAAAAAGAAAAAAAAGUAGAUGAAACUCCUAGUAUUAAAGUUCUCGAGAGGGAAAAGGCAGAAACAUUGGUUGCUGAAGUUAUGGAUGUGAAGCCAGCUAGAGAAACUCUAACGCGUGGGAUUGAGGAAGACAUCACGGUUGAUAGGCCAAUAACGAUACCAGAUGACGUUAAAAUGCCGGAAAUAAAAAAGAAGGAAAUCGAUCAAGACAUCGUAAUACAACGAGAUACAAUUCUAUCGUGGGUCGAUACAAUCGAUAUAAUUCGCGAGAAAGUAGCGGUACACACAAUUUGCACUAUACAAAUUAGAAUUUACAAGAUAUUACAAUUAUAUAUGUAGAAUUGUCCUGAUAUAUAU